GUGUCACAAAAAGUGGACAGUUCUCAUCUCACUUUCUGAGACAGCCUACGCGCCAUGCGCCGCCACGGUAUAUAAGAGGCAAGCAACCAUCUCCUUCACCAGUCAUUCUCCGCACAUACUCACAACAACAUGUCUUACAAAAUCCUGCUGGUGGCAUCCUUGGCCACCAUUGCCUUUGCUGAAAAGGUUUCACACGAGCACGAUCCUGAUCCCUACGACAAUGACCGCUACGAUUCAGAUCCCUACGACGAUAGAGGUCACCACGGAGGUUCCUCCUACGACGACUCGUAUAACAAGAAACCGGACUACAACUUCCACUACAGGGUGAAGGACAAGUACUACAACGACUUCGGCCACUGGGAGGAGCGCAAAGGGUACGUCACCAAGGGAUCGUACGAUGUGGUGCUGCCAGACUAUCGCAGACAGGAGGUGCAUUACAUCGUCGACGGCAAGAAAGGCUACGUAGCCAAGGUCACCUACACCCCCGUGAAGAAAGACGAGUAUCACAAGGGCGGCCACAACCAUGGCUCCUACGAAGAUGACUCAAACAAGUCUGGUUCGUCCGAACAUGGGCAAUACAGGCCAAGACCAUCAUACAAGCCAGACUCACAGGAAUAUGGCCCAUACACACCAAGACCAUAUUACUAACGUGCCGCCGCAAGCGACAACCUGCCAGUAGCGCCACCACUUAUCUUCCCUACGCUUAUAAUGUUAAAUGUCCAUGUAGCAACCAGGCUUCAUGAUUUAUAAUAAAACAAUUUUCAAUACA